GCCUGGUAGUAGGAUAAAAGCCUUUCUCACCACCAAAGGGAUAAUGCACACAGGCCUGGUAGUUGGAUAAAAGCCUUUCUCACCACCAAAGGGAUAAUGCACACAGGCCUGGUAGUAGGAUAAAAGCCUUUCUCACCACCAAAGGGAUAAUGCACACAGGCCUGGUAGUUGGAUAAAAGCCUUUCUCACCACCAAAGGGAUAAUGCACACAGGCCUGGUAGUUGGAUAAAAGCCUUUCUCACCACCAAAGGGAUAAUGCACACAGGCCUGGUAGUUGGAUAAAAGCCUUUCUCACCACCAAAGGGAUAAUGCACACAGGCCUGGUAGUUGGAUAAAAGCCUUUCUAACCACCAAAGGGAUAAUGCACACAGGCCUGGUAGUUGGAUAAAAGCCUUUCUAACCACCAAAGGGAUAAUGCACACAGGCCUGGUAGUUGGAUAAAAGCCUUUCUCACCACCAAAGGGAUAAUGCACACAGGCCUGGUAGUUGGAUAAAAGCCUUUCUCACCACCAAAGGGAUAAUGCACACAGGCCUGGUAGUUGGAUAAAAGCCUUUCUCACCACCAAAGGGAUAAUGCACACAGGCCUGGUAGUUGGAUAAAAGCCUUUCUCACCACCAAAGGGAUAAUGCACACAGGCCUGGUAGUUGGAUAAAAGCCUUUCUAACCACCAAAGGGAUAAUGCACACAGGCCUGGUAGUUGGAUAAAAGCCUUUCUAACCACCAAAGGGAUAAUGCACACAGGCCUGGUAGUUGGAUAAAAGCCUUUCUAACCACCAAAGGGAUAAUGCACACAGGCCUGGUAGUUGGAUAAAAGCCUUUCUAACCACCAAAGGGAUAAUGCACACAGGCCUGGUAGUUGGAUAAAAGCCUUUCUAACCACCAAAGGGAUAAUGCACACAGGCCUGGUAGUUGGAUAAAAGCCUUUCUCACCACCAAAGGGAUAAUGCACACAGGCCUGGUAGUUGGAUAAAAGCCUUUCUAACCACCAAAGGGAUAAUGCGCACAGGCCUGGUAGUUGGAUAAAAGCCUUUCUAACCACCAAAGGGAUAAUGGCGCCUACGGCGCCGACGCCCUACUGGACUUCACUGAAGAUGCGCACAAAAUGCCUCAUUUUUAAGAAACCUUGAUCAUUAUUUUUACUUUAAAAGUAUUCUAAUAUGAAUUAAAGGCGAUAACUACAUUGCAGAUACAACGGAUUUCGUCCUCGAAAAAGAAAUGAUGCCCCACAGAUUGAUAAAUUGAUUUAGAUUAAGGCUUUGGGGUCGCAACUGAAAAUACAAAUAUUUGAAAAGAAGUUGUUUUUUUUUAUAAAAGAUUAAUUACGUUUGUUUUGUAACUUCCUUUUGUUAUAGAUCUAGAACUAUAAUUAAAAGCUCUGAAAAAAAAUAUCGGAAUAGGGAGAAGAACUUAAUUAGAACAAAUUAGAUUAAAUAAAUAAAUUGUGUAUUUUAUAAUUAAAUUGUGAGCUAUAGCUCCAAAGUAUGUAAACAAUAAAAAAAAUCAAAUUGAGUAAAGAUUGGGAAAAGGCAACUGGGAAAAAUUACAGUGGCGUCGCUAGGGUCGGUGACACCGACAUCAGGCCGGCUGUGACGUCAGUCCUGAGAUAUUAUGUUUCAUAAUUACGACACAUCUUUCAUAUACUAAAUAAAGUCUUGUUUAGUGUUUACGACACAUCUCCCAUAUAAUAAAUACAGCCUUGCAUCGUAAAUGUAGUAAACGCACAUUUACUUCAUUUUCUUGUGCAGGAACUAGUUGGUGUACGGGACCUAGUUCCUGUACGGGAACUAGUUGGUGUGCGCUAAUAACGGAUCCAGAACCUAACGCCAAGUAAAACCUAAUUCUAUACAUAAAAGCGCAUACAGCUCAUUAUUAAUCCUAUUAAAAAAGGAUCUUUUGAAUAAUGUUUUACUUGAAAAAUAUUCCAAUAUGAAUUUCUAGACCCUUACUACAUUGCAAAUACAACCGAUUUGUUCCUUGAAAAGAUAAAAUACCCCAAAGAUUUAGAUUAAGGCUUUCAGGAUCGUCGCCGAAAAAAAAUAUUAUUCGAAAAAAAAAAUUAAAAAAAAGCUCAUCUGUAUGAGAUACAUUUUGUUCAAUAGGCAUGUUUGUAACUUUGUAUUGUUACAGAACUAUAAUUCAAAGCUUUAAACAAAAACAAAAUCGGAAGUGGGAGGAGAAAUGAAGUGGACCAUUUAGAUUCUACUCGAAAUUUGUAGCAUUUUUAGGAUUCAAACAUAAAUUGUGAGUUAUAGUCCCAGAUUUAUUUAAUUAGAAAAACAGAUUGAGUAAAGGUUGGGAAAAGGCGACUAGGAAAAGAAUAUUUGGGUUCAGAACUCAUCUCAAUCGUUACUCUUCUACUGAAAAUAUUCGUAUGAAUUUUAAAUUUUUCAAAAACAAAGUCUUUCUUAAAAUAAUUAUGAUAAAUUCAUGUGCAAUUAUAUAUUUGACCAUUAUAUUUUAAAACGUCAUGUUUUCGUCUAGAAAUGGGAGGGGGCAGCAGAGUGAAAACGAUUACUCCUGUGCUAAUGAUUGCAUUUGGUAUUACCAAAAUAGGGGAUGGAGCGAUUCAAUAUAACAAUUUGAUUUAUAGCAUGCAUACAUUAUAUUAGUGACAGAUUUUUGUUAAUUUUUUAAAUUGUAAAAUACAAAAAGGAAAAAGUUUUGGUUUGUCUGGUUUGCGGAGGGCGAUUGCAUGUAUAGCCCCCCCUCCUCCUCCCCUCCCAACUGGUACAACACUUGCUAUAUUUUACUAAUAAUACACUUUUAGAUUAGAGUGUGGUGCGACAUGGCAUACAAACGGGUUUAAAUAUCAACAUGUAGCUUAUAUUAUACAGAUAUUCCACUAAACCUUUUCACAAAUUAUGAUUUCUCAAUAAAAGUAGGACCGCCCCCCCCCACUCAGAGGGCUAGAGUGGGGAGGGCAUUAGAUACAAUCGCCCUUCCCCACCAACCCACCAAAUCGGCCAUGAUUCAACUAAUUUUGUUCAAAAACUAUGAACUCUCCCUGAAAGUAGGACAGCCCCGCCCCCCAAACUCAAAGGGUUUAGGUGGGAAGGGCAGUAGAUGUAUCCCCCCCCCCCACACACACACACACACGCCACCCAAUCGGCCAACAGGGGGACAAAAUAUUAUAAAAAUUGGUUCAGAAAGACACAAAGAUAAAGGCACAUUCCUCGUUCCAUAUGCUAGAACAAAUUUGUACAAAUGCUUCUUCUUCUUCCCUAGUGCUAUUAGAGCAUGGAAUGGGUUGCCUGAGCUAACCAGGAAAACCAGUGACUUGGCAGAAUUUAGGUCAUUGGUUAAUAUGCAUGACUAAAUGCAUGACGCGUAGGAAGUAAUCAUCUUCUGUUUAGAAGUAACGUCUGUGUUAUAUAAGAUAAGUGCUUACAGACACUUACAGUAUUAAUGUACAGUACGUACGUAUGUUUCGAAAUAACCGAAAUUCGUAGGAACUGUUAAGGCUUCCGCGCGGUGUUGAUUCUUGACAAUAUGUCUAGUGUAAGAUCUGACUGUAAGUAACGCUGAACUCAACUACUUCAAUAACACCGGCGAAAGGCUGAAACAAUCAAAUAUGUAGUCGACGCUGAUAUGUUGUUCUAUAAAGAUAUUUAUACUCAAGAAGGGAAUCGUCCUAUGUCAGCUAUGUCCGUAAAUCUGUAUAUCUAUUGUACUCAAGUCUACUGCUCUACAAGAAGCGUCUUCUUUUAGCGUCACUUAGAGGGUUCUUCUUUUUUAAAGAUCUGUCACGUCACUUGUCGCUAAUUAAAACUUUCCCCUUAUUCCCGAAACAAAUAACUAAUUACUAAUCAUGUCAUAACAGAACAGACAAAGGUAAUAACCCGAGGACUGAAUUGACAUCAACUGACAAUUUGGAUCAUACAUACAAUUAUAGACUGAACGUGAUUCAAGGGUAAAUAACCUGGGUAUCUCUGAAUUCCGACAUUGCUAAAAGCUAAAAUUACUCUCUCUUGAAUUCCUGACACAAAUAAUUGACACGCAUUAUAUACUUUAGACAUACACAGUGUUAGACACCUUAUUUAUAGAUUAGUUAUUUAGCGAUAAAUUGUUCAUCAGCGUUGACUACAUCUCUUUACCUGUUAAAACGAUGUCUUGUUUAUUCUGUAUUGUUGAUCAACUACACUGAAUACACCCGAACAAUAAAACUCAAACGCUUGCAGAGUAAUUAAUUGAAAUUCAAGUCAUCUAGAGUUGACCUCAAGACAGCCUGAACAAGCAACAUCACAGUGGCGACUCUGUUAGACACCUUAUUUAUAGAUUAGUUAUUUAGCGACGCACCAUAGAAGACGCAAAUUGAACGGGACUAGUGACGUUUGGGAUAUUUGGGUUAGAGACCGUAAAAUCAGUUAGUGAUAGAAUCCUCUAGGGUAACGACGUGUUUAGUUCACAGAGACUUUUACUGUGGCCUUUUCUUAGAAUAAACAUAGGAUAAAUUGUUCAUCAGCGUUGACUACAUCUCUUUACUUGUUUAAUCGAUGUCUUGUUUAUUCUGUAUUGUUGAUCAACUACACUGAAUACACCCGAACAAUAAAACUCAAAGGCUUGCAGAGUAAUUAAUUGCAAUUCAACUCAUCUAGAGUUGACCUCAAGACAGCCUGAACAAGCAACAUCACAACAGACAUAAAAGCAUGUAUACACAAAUUUAACAUAUUUAUUACAUUCACAAAUGUAUAUUCACAUCUACAUACACAUUAAUUUUUUUUAAAUGUCAACCAAAAUACACAGGUACUAUUAUAAACAUACAUCCAGACAUUCUAACCACUUCUAGAGCUACCAAUUCACAGUGUUCCACCAUUUACAAGUAGUACAUCUAGUUUGAAGUCACGUUUUCCUCAUUGUGUGAUAUCAAGUACGAACUUCUGUAAUAAGUUUCAGAAGCGUGGUGAGGUAGAAAAAAAAAGGCUGCAUUCUUCUCCUCCCCCACCUUGUAACCCCCAGCCCCGGAUACUGCUUUAAAACUUUAAAAAAAUAUAUAUUGCCAAAAAAAAAAUAAUAAACAAGUUGUGGGCCUAGGUUAUGGUCAGUGGUGCGUGAAAAAAAGAGAAGUCCUCCAUUGAAGCAUAGAUUAAAAAUGGGGUCCUUUGUGACAUUAGGGUUUAAAUCUUAAAUCUAAGCCUCUACUGCACGGUCACAAAUAAGCGAAAUAUUCAGUGCUAGUGUGGAUCUCUAGACAAACUGAGCAAUUUUUGAUAUUUCAGCAUUCAUCCAAAGUCUCUUCAUGACAUUUCAAGUGAUCAGUUGACAAGAGUCAUUUCUAAUCAGUGUUCCGUAUUAAAAGCUGUGUUCAAGAUACUUAAAGAUGUUUACUGUUUUGAUUUUCACUUGCAUCUCUCUGGUACAGAUGUCUGCUGCAGUUUUGACGAAAGACUCAGCCUGUAAUGUAACUAAAGGAUGUUUGAGUCAGUGUGACCUUAGCAACAACUGUUUUUUUACAUUGUCAUGGCAGCUUGUCAACGGCACAGUGACUUUUGUCAUGUCAACUACCUACACCAAUCCUAACACCUCAGGUGGUGUGUACAUGGCUGUUGGACUUUCAUAUGACCAAAAGAUGGGGAAUGACAGUGUUAUAGGCUGUGCAAAUCAAGGGGACAGUUUCAAGGCUUUCGCGGCAUAUAAUAGAAUUGCUGAUACACCAGAGCAAUAUAAUGACACUGAAGUCAUUUUACAAAGCUACAACAACAGCAACGGCGUCAUCACAUGCACUGUCACCAGACCAAUCACUGGACUAAACAAGAGAUUUGACCUCGCUAGGCCAAUGUUUAUACUCUUUGUAACUGCCAACGCAACCAUCGCUGGAGACACUAUUACAAUUUACAGUCACGGAGAGACAGACUUUAUGACAGCCAUAGAAGUGAACGUUUCCUCUGUUGUGGAUUUAAAACCUUAUGAAGAACCGGAGCCUCUGACCAAAGAUACAGCAUGUAAAAUAACUAAAGGCUGUUUGUCCGAAUGCGGUGCAACUAACUGUGACUUUACAUUGAGUUGGCAAGUUGUUGGUGCUACAGCAACCUUCACCAUGUCAACCAUCUAUUCAAACCCUGUAGGUGUCUAUAUGGCAGUGGGAUUUUCUGAUGACCACAAGAUGGGAAACGACAGUGUCUUUGGGUGUGCUAGACAAGGAACUGAUUUUAAAGCAUUCGCUGCUAAGAAUGUGGCGGCGGGAGUUACUCCUGAGCAGUACAACGACGAUAAUGUUGUACUGCUGACGUCCAGCUUUGAUGAAGGCAUUACAAAAUGUGUUAUCAGCAGACCAUUGGCUGGCAACUCUAAUCGAUUUGACAUAAGCCAACAAUGGGUUUUAUUUUUUGUAUACGGGAAUUCCACUAUAUCCAACAACGUUGUGACCCUCUACAGCCACGGAGAGACUGACUACAUGACUGACGUCAAAAUCAGCGCCUCGUCUAUUGUUGACUUAGAGCCCCACGAGAUACAGGAUACUAAUAACACAGGUAAUGGAGGGCCUCGAGUGACUACUAGUCUUGCAGUGCUGAUGCUGCUGUUGACGCUGCCUUUUGUAAUGGCUUCACGCAGGGUUACAAUAUAAACUAUUUCAAAGUAUUACAAACAUAUUUCAAGCCAUUGUGGAUUUUAAAUUUAUUAAAAAUAUUACAUUUCUUUACAAUGAAAUAGCACUGUUGAUUUUUUUAAAUCGCUUUAUUUUCCUCUUCACUGGCAGAGUUACUAUUCAAAUAUCACGAAUAUAUUUAUGAGGCGAUAACAUCCGGAACAAUAACUGACAUUUGCUAACAUGAUGUAUGCAUUUAAAUAGCACCUCAAUACUAUUAAAAGAAAAAAAGAAACAACUACAAACCCGAUUUCGUUUCUUCCAUUACAAAGCAGAUUGCUCAAACAAACAAGGAUCAAAACUAUUUGUGUAUAUUUCUCAUUUCCAAAUGCUCGAACGUGACUUGCUGAAUGAAGGGAUGUUAGUGUUCUCUUUCAAACUUGUAAACAACGAAAUACAGUGUUUUACAAUUAUUA